GGGUGUUCGACAACUUGACUGUGAGAGCUAGCAGACUGAUUUUGAUGGUAAAUAAAUACAGACGAUUUAGGAAUCAGAAGAGGGCUUUGAAUUAUUGUCUGUCAGCCAUAAAACGCCAAUCUACAAAUGUGCGAACGGCUGGAAAACGAUGAACCAGUUUAGAAAAGUUGCUGUACUUUUGAAGUGAAGAUCUGAGGAGGACAUGAUCCCAGAGCCAUCGGCUGCAGCCGCAUCCAGGUCCUCAGAGCAGAAUAGAAGCUCUCAUGCAGAAGCUACCUCCUCUGGAGCUGUCACCCAAUCAGGGGAAGAUUCAGGAAAUGAAAAUCAGCAAAAAUCUGUGAGACGGAGGAAAAGAGCCCACACAUUCUCAGAGAAUGUCAAGCGUAAAAAGGCAAAAGCCGGCCGCAGCAGUGUCAAAGCGGGGGGCAGACGUAGAAAACAGACGCAUGUGGAAGCUGUCACCCUGUUUGAAGUGAUGUCUAUGGGCAAGAGCGCCAUGCAGGUGGUGAUUGAUGACUGGAUUGAGGCGUAUGGAACGGACAAAGACUCCUCCCUCCUUGAUCUCAUCAGCUUCUUUAUCCAGUGUUCUGGAUGCAAAGGUGUGGUCACAGCAGAGAUGUGUCAGAGCAAAGAGAAGCGUGGGGUUAUGAAGAGCAUGAUCGAGGAGUUGGAUGAAGUUGCUGGUCUGCAGUAUAAGAAGUUUCUGGCCUUCCCAUGGAUCCUCACAGUCACCUGGCCCCUUGAUUCAGACAGUGCAGAGUAUCCUCUCAUGCAGUCCGGGCCGCACAGUCGCUGGUUCCACGCCGAGUUCUCUGAAUUUGUGUCGGUGCUGGUGGCUCAGUGUCAGCACACCAUCAUCUUUGACAGCUACCUGAUGAGCGCCGUCAUCUCGCUGCUCAGUGAGCUGUCGAACUCGUAUGUGCGCGCCUUCAGACACACCUUCACGCUCGCUGCGGCGAAGCUGCUGAGCUCGCUGAUGGGCGUGGCUCUCAGCCUCAGCGUCGGGGUGGAAAACAGCCAGAAGCUGUACGGCGUGCAAAGGACGAAGACAGCGAGGCAGAGGAGCCCUCAGCAGCUGGAGAGGCUGCAGAAGAAGAUCACAGAGUUGCAGGAGAAGCGAGCAGAGAUAGAGAGCAUGAUGGACGUCAUCUUCAAAGGAGUUUUUCUCAAGAGAUAUCGUGAUGUCCUACCAGAAAUCCGCUCCAUCUGCAUGGAGGAGCUGGGCCUGUGGAUGAAGCUCUACAGCUCUUUGUUUCUCACCGACAGUUACCUCAAGUACAUCGGCUGGAUGAUGUACGACAAGACCCCGGAUGUGCGUCUCAAGUGUGUGCUAGCGUUGCAGGGACUGUAUGGAGAUCCUGGGCUCCUUCCUAAACUUGAUCUGUUCACCAGUCGCUUCAAGGAUCGGAUUAUCUCCAUGACACUGGAUAAGGACAAUGAGGUGGCGGUACAGACCAUGAAGCUUCUGGUGCUUAUCUCUAGAACAUCUGAGGAUGUUCUCACCCCUGAGGACCACAAUCGGCUCCUCCAGUUCGUUUACUGCUCACAGCGCCCUCUUGCUGCAGCUGCAGGGGAGCUUCUCUUCUCAAGGCUUUUAAGUGCUGAAGGUUCUGAAACUCUGGAUUCCAUGAAUGAGGAGGACACGCCUGCACAACAAACCUACACCAGGCUAAAAGCUUUACUGCGUUUUUUUCAGGAAUCUGAGGCACACACGCAUGUUGUGUAUCUUGUGGACAGUCUGUGGGACUGUGGGGGGGCUCUGCUGAAGGACUGGGCCACACUCACAUCUGUGUUGCUGCAGGACUCGUCUGCUCAGGCUCCAGGUUUUACAUCAGCAGAACAGGCUGUGCUCGUGGAGAUCCUGGUUGCGUCGGUGCGGCAGGCCUCAGAGGGACCGGCGUUGGCAGGAAGGAGUGGAGCAAAGAAGAUUCCGAAUGCUCGGGAAAAGAAAUGCCAAAUUGAUGAGUGUCUAAAGCUCACCCAACAUCUGCUGGUGGUGCUUCCUCAGUUACUUUCCAAGUACUCCUGUAGCUGUGAUACUGUCGCCUCGUUGAUAAGGAUUCCUCAGUACUUCCUUACGCAGAGUCCAGAAGCUGAAAACUCUGAGCUGGUCUGCAGCCUGAUGGCAGAGAUGGCGGCUGCUUUGGACCGCCACUCGAGCCCUGCAGUUCUGGAGGCAGCAGCGCGCACUUACCUCCAUCUCUGUGGGGAGGGGGCAGCCUGGGGCUCCGUGGCCAGAGCUGCCAGAGACUCCCUGGUGGAGACCUGGGUGGAGCACCUGAAGGAUCUGCUAAAGGACUCACUCUGCGAGGACGGUUUCUCUGCUGAUGAAGAAAGGCUAAAAGACAUCGAAACCACCAUAAGGAAACUCAGGACUUUUCACAACUGUCAUGACCUCAGUGGGUGGAGUCUGUUUGACCUGCUGUCUCCUCUCCUGUCCGAGGACGUCAUCUGCAGAGGAGCGCCUGCUGAGAUUCUUGAGGAGGUGCUGCAGUGCUUGUCAUUCACCCUGCUCUGGUCUCUCAACAAAAGCAGUGAACUUUUGACCUGCAGAGAAAAAGCUGUAGCUCAGAGGCUUCAGCUGCGUCUCUUCUGUGAGUGGAGUCAUCGAUGUCUUUCACACAGCAACCACAGGGUGAGGAGUCAGGCUUUUCUGGGUGUUUGUGACAUCCUGACGGCUCACUCGUUCCAGCUGCACAUUUGGGAUCCCACCUGCUUCGGUCCUCUGCUCUUCACACCCAGUCCCAAACUGCAGAGGGCGCUGUUGGCCUUUGCCUGCACUCACGUCUUUGUUGGAGCUGAUGGUGACAGCCAGAACAAAGUGGGUGAGAGCCUGGACGAAGAGAAACUCGAGAAGCUCCACAGAAGAAGAAAUCUCCUUGCGGCCUUCUGCAAACUGAUAGUACAUGGAGUUCUUGAAAUGAGCAUGGCAGCUGAGGUCUUCAUGUUCUACAUGAAGUAUAUCAACGACUUUGGAGACAUUAUCAAGGAGAUGCUGUUCAGAACGAGGCAGACGGAUAAAAUCGAGAGCGCCCGCACGCUGGUGCUCUGUUUGCAACAACUGUUUUUGCGGCUAAAGCAGGAACAAGUGCGUGGCGCCGGUGCCCACCCAGGGCUUCAGACAUUCACCACCAUCAAGGAGCUUGCCAGGAGGUUUGCUCUCACCUUUGGCGACCUUGUCAAGUUUCGCGAGUGUGUCGUCAUGAUCCACAGAAGCGGCAUCGAGUUUGCGUUCCAAGAGUCCAGUCAGACUCCUGACACAGCUGCACCUGCGUAUCUCUCCUAUCUGACCAUCCUCAGUGAAUUCUCCAGUAAACUGCUCAAAACAGACAAGAAGACGGUGUUCUCCUACUUGCAGAGGCACACCACUGCUGCACACGCCCACCUCAGGGAGGAGUCCUGGAAACCUCUGGUCCACUAUCGAGCCUCGUUAUUGGCUGACAUAGAAGAUGCAGCAUCGCAUGGGAGCUCCGACAAAAGGCCCUGCUUCCAGAACCGCUCUCCCUCUGUCAGACAAAAACAUGAAGCAGGAAACAAGUCUCCUUGUCAGAUCAGUUCUUUCGACUCCAAAGUUGGCAAAACUCACAGACCAAGCAUCGGUUCGGGUCAUCAGGUAGAUAAGGAUCCGCCCUCUGCUCCUCCUGCAAGAAGCCUCAAUGCAGACGGAUCCAACUCCAGCUGUAGCAAUGAGGCAGAUGUUGGAACCGUGGAGGUGGAGUUAUGAAUGAGGGAAGUUCUCACCUCGUGUUACAUGUUCUGUUCAGACCGCAGCUAAAGACCAGUGGCUUCAUUUUUCCUUCCAUGGAAAGAUUUCAACCACCCUUUUUUUUUCUAUAAGAUAAAAUGAAAGUUCA